AUGUCGGAGCUCAAGGCACGCAAACGCAACCUCAGCAAUCAGAAUGGACCUAGACACCACGUUUUGCAAACUGGUCCUAACAAGCAACGGAUGACGCUUUCUUGGCACGAAAUACCAGAAUGGCAGAGGGAUAACGAGUACAUUUUAACGGGCUACAGACGAGUGCAGAACUGCUGGUCAGGUUGCAUUGCAUCUAUCUACAGUUAUCCUCAUAACGAAACUGUGAACAUCCUCAGCCAUCUAGCUGGCGCUGUGGUUUUCCUCUGGAUCCUGAUGACAUUCCGCGGGCAAUAUAUCUUGGCGUAUAGCACUACCACCUGGCUGGAUACUUCCGUCUUUGCUAUAUUUCUACUCUCUGCAGUGUUCUGCCUUACUGCGAGUGCCAUGUUCCACUACUGCCACUUGCCAUUCGGCACAGUCCUCACCGUCGGAUCUUUUGUACCAUGCCUUUAUUACGGAUUCUAUUGUGAACCGGCCUUACAAGCCUGUUAUCUAUGUUCCAUCGCACUAGUUGGCGCAGGAGCGGCAUAUAUCGUUCUCAACCCUGAAUAUGCAAAACCAACACACCGAGGUGCACGUACCUGUGUUUUCAUUGGUCUCGGAUUGUCCGCAAUGGUCCCAGUAGCUCACUUAUUGGUAUCGCAUGGAACAUUCAAGCUAUUUUCCGAGAUGGGUUUUGGUUGGCUGCUCGCAUCAGGCGGUCUAUACAUCACGGGCGCGUUGAUUUACGCUAAUCGCAUACCGGAACGUCUGGCUCCAGGGAAAUUCGACUUACUCUUCGCAUCACAUCAGAUAUUUCACUUCUGUGUGGUCCUGGCCGCUUUGGCUCACUGGAUGUGUGUAUUGACUGCCUUCGAUCAUUGGCAUUCUGGCUUGGAUGGAUGGAAAUUGUGA